AGAGUUUGUCAAAUCUUUCAGGGAGGGGACGAAGGUUCUAAUCUUGCGUAGAGGUGGGAACAAAGAUGGUCGGGUUUCAGAGGCGGUAGCUUAUGGGAUGGGCGGAUAAAAAGGGAUUCUACUGAUCCCUGAGGGUCAUGGAGGGCGGGGCUUGCACAAAUUUUUUCGGUGAGCUAAGAAAGGCAAAAGACUUCAUUUUUGCUACGGUGGGAUGUGGGAGUGGGACUUUGUUUUCGGUGGAGAAGAAGGGUGGGAAGGAGGAGGGACCAAGGAUGGGUAUGGUUUUGAAUAGGACAGGGCCUUCAUUUGCGGAGGUGGUGAGGUUGGACUCUAGCCCUGAUGCGACGGUGAUGCCUAUCGUGGGCGGUUUUCCAAGUACGCAGAGGUGGUGCGGUUGGAGCCAUUUCGUCAUUCCUGUUUGUGGGCUUCGUUGGCAGAGCCGUGUGCUAUUGAUAUCCUUUCGACGGUGAGGUCUGUAGAAUGUGAGGUUUUGAGAUCGGUGGUGGAUUGCUCUAUAUUGGAGAUACCUCUGCUUGAUCUGAAGGGCAAGUUGAAGCUGCUGCGUCCGUUGGGUAAGAAGAAGCUCGAAACUAGUCUCUCUGCUCGAGGCUCGGCAGGCUUUGCAAGGUGGUUAAAUUUGUGUUUGAAUUUGCGUACGUGGAGUGAGCUGGUUGCCAGGUUCAACUUAGUUGUGGGCUGGGUUGUUGGGUUAGUCUGGGCCACAAGAUCAAAGGAUUUCGUUUGGGCCGGUUCAUGCCUAAACCCAAAUUCAAAGAAACGAAUCAGACGAUGGAAGUCUCUGAGGUUAAGGGUCCUGUGUCGGACCCUAAAACGGUCGUUUCUGCGAAAUGUUUGCAAUGUCUGACGGUUGCCCAUGGGAGUUCUCAUCGGCUAGAGACGACUUCGGCGGCUGUUUCUGGGGUGGUUCUGGGUUUAUCGACUUCUGGGGGUGAUUCUACAUCAUCACGGUUUGUCUUUCCCCCAUUGCUGUCACCGAAGAUGUUGUCUUCGGCGGCUCUAGAUGCUCCUCCAGCUCUGGAUAUUGGUAUUUGGAUGCAAAAGCAAAAGCAAACCGAGGAAGAACAUAGUGAAAAGUUUCAGGAAUUGCAAUGAGUUAACUUUGUCCAAGGAACUGGA